AUGGCCACUUUGACAUCAAAGACCUUGGUUCUUCAUAAGGAUGGUACUCUCCACAUUAUUCAACUCAAAUAUGCACAUGAUCUUUUAGAGAAAGCCAAUCUUCUCAACUCCAAACCCACAUAUCCUCCAUUGGUUGCCAAGGUUCUCCUCUCUGUCUCUGAUGGUGCUCUCAUCUCCAACCCAACCAAGCAUGAGCUUGUUGGCAGUUUACAGUAUUUCACUCUUACUCACCUUGACAUAUCUUUUUCCGUCAACACUGUUGCUCAGUACAUGAGUGCCCCUCACACCCCUUACUUUGUUGCUGCCAAAUGGAUACUUAGGUACAACAAGGGCACUAUUGAUCUCGGCCUCACCUUCACUCCUCAAAAUGUUGCAGCUCGCCUCACUGCAUACUCUGAUGCGGAUUGGGCUGGGUGCCCUGAUUCUUGUCGGUCGACCAAUGGAUAUGUGAUUACUCUUGGAACUAACCUCAUCUUAUGGCGUUCCAAGAAAUAG